AUGAUAAAAACUAUAUUAUUAUUAUUAAUAAAUUUUAUGUUAAUUUUGAUUGUAAAUGGUGAUAUAUGGAAUUAUUGUGACGGUAAUAUUAAUCCAACAUUUAAAAUUAAUAAACUUACAUUAUUACCAGAUCCACCAUUAGUUGGAAAAGAAGUUACAAUAAGUUUAGAAGGAUCAUUAAAUGAACAAAUAACAUCAGGUUCAUCAAUAUUUAAUGUUGCAUUCUUUAUUAAUGGUGGUUGGCGUCAACUUCCAACAUUCCAUAAUGAUAUUUGUAAAGUUUUAAGUUGUCCAGUUUCUGCAGGUCCAUUCACUUAUUCAACUUCUAUUAAAGUUCCAAUCUUCACUCCACAUGGUCAAUAUAAAGGUCAAUUAACAUUAACUGAUCAAUCAAAUAGAAAUGUUACUUGUCUUACUUUUCAAACUUAUUUAAAAUAA